UCUUUGCACCGUUUUCAAUAAUAAUGGUCACAGAUUAUUUUGACUUAGGAAAAUAAUUAAUAUAAUAAUUGUGAAAAUCUAUGCAUCGGCAUUGUUGUACUUUGUUGUUUGCACGUUGUUUUCACUGGCAGUUUCAAAUUUAACGACUUCUUUGUAAGUAUGGUAUGAUCAUCUAUCUUCUGUUUUAUGAUUAUACAGUUCUAUAAUACGUCAACAGUUGGACUCAAUCAAAAUCUUGACCAAAAAUUAAAAAAUAUCAAAAGGAAAGGUUAUGUCGUCCUUGUAUGGCUUUGAACCGAAAGAAAAUUAAUGUCUAGUGCUUGAUUCAAAACAUCCGAAUAUAGGGAAUUAUGAACCAACGGACUACACAACCAGUAGUAAAGAAAUAUAGAAAUGUUAUAUAUAUAUUUUUAUUACAAAUAUUUUAAAAGGUUCUAAUGAUGAAUUUAUAUCAUGGCACCUUAAACGAUAUUCUACGGCAGAUAAAAGAACAUGACAUUUUCUAUUAUUUAUAAAGAUCAUUUUCAUCAUCACUACUGUAUCAUCAAAACAUUUGUUCUGGACAAGGACGAUCUAGAGUCAAGACUGGGCUGGGUCCGAGAUGCUGCAGACUAGUGGCCCUUGGCCCCGAGGCGUUACGGGCCAUAGCAGUGAUUUCUGGGAUAGCAGACGUCACUACGCGCCAGAAGAGGACACCCAGUCGUGUUUUUUAAGUAAACGACGGAGGAGGAAUGAGAAUAUCGGAGUUUCUCUUCAUACUGUAUUUAUUACCAUGGAAUGUCUUCGGUUUCUGAUAUCGUAUAGUGGCACCCGGCAAGUUAUUACUUAGGAAAUGUUACGCUGUCUGCUAGCCAGCUUUUUCGUCAUGCUGCUACCGACAGGUUAUUCUUUCACGAAUCAAAAUACACCUCCAGUAUUCGACUUCAAAAGAGAAUGGUUAAUUCCAGAAAACGAACCCGUCGGCAGUAGAAUAGCUACUGUGGACACUAAAGAUGAUGACGGGGAUCCGAUCGAGUACGGCAUCGAACCAUCUGUUUUUCUGGAUGGUUCUAGUUAUUUUAAAAUCGAUAAAAAGAGUGGCGUGGUCAUUCUCGAUAAUCCUCUGAAAGGAUUGGCUGGAAGUGAUUUUUAUUUAUUCAUCACUGCAAAUGAUGGACAUCAAACUGCUAAAAUUGAAGUUUAUGUCCAAGUAUUAGAAAGCAAUCAAAGACCCCAAGAGCCAACAAUUGAGGUUCCCUUUAGUACCAGCAAUCCACCCCAGAGAGGGGGGACGAGGCUACGGCCAUUUCCGCCCCAUACCUUCAUACCCUCCUCAUCUGACACCACCAACACCUCCACCUUUGCCCACCAUCCUUCCAAGAAAAAUUUCCCCUCCUCGAAGUCCUCGAACCCCAUAUCCACCUCCCCCUCUUCCACCACCAUCUUCCCCUCUGACAAGCAGAAUGUCCCACCAGUAUCAACAAAGGAUAGUGGCACAGAAGGUGGCACAAAGACUAGGCAGAGUGCUGAUAUAACACCAACAGUGCUUUCUAUUAUUGCCAUUAUUCUCUUCUUCAUUUUAACAAUUCUUGUUCAUAAAAAAGUAUCAAUGAGAAGAGAAAGUUCUGAAAUAACUACAACAGAUUUUAAUUACUUUGGAAAUGCAUUUUAUCAUCACAGAAUGUUAACACCAUUAACUACACCCCAUAAUUACACUAGAACAAUGUUAAAAGAUCAAAAGUGGGAAUAUCCAAGACACCAUCUUCAUUUUCUUGGGAUUUUGGGAGAAGGAUGUUUUGGACAGGUUCAUAAAAAAGUAUCAAUGAGAAGAGAAAGUUCUGAAAUAACUACAACAGAUUUUAAUUACUUUGGAAAUGCAUUUUAUCAUCACAGAAUGUUAACACCAUUAACUACACCCCAUAAUUACACUAGAACAAUGUUAAAAGAUCAAAAGUGGGAAUAUCCAAGACACCAUCUUCAUUUUCUUGGGAUUUUGGGAGAAGGAUGUUUUGGACAGGUUUGGAAAUGUGAUGCCAAGACUAGUAAAACAAGACAAAUGCCAGCAAUUGUAGCAGUUAAAACAAUGAAAAAAAAUUCAACAGAGAAAGAGGAAAAAGACUUAAUCAAUGAAUUGGAAAUUUUGAAACUGCUUGAUCCACAUCCAAAUAUAGUAACAUUAUUAGGAUGUUGCACAGAAAAAGAUCCAGUCUUUAUAAUUCUGGAAUAUGUUCCCUAUGGAAAACUGCAAUCAUAUUUACGUGAGAGUAGAGCUGAAAGAUAUUAUGGUAAUUUUCCUGCCACAGAUAAACAUCUCACAUCACAAGAUCUCACUUCCUUUGCAUAUCAAAUAGCAAGAGGAAUGGAAUAUAUAACUUCUAAAGGGAUUAUACACAGAGAUUUAGCAGCUAGAAAUAUAUUAAUUGGAGAAAAUAAAGUUUGCAAAAUUACAGACUUUGGUUUUGCAAGAGAUGUUGUCACUAGCCAUAUUUAUGAAAGAAAAUCAGAAGGACGUUUACCAAUUCGCUGGAUGGCUCCAGAAUCACUUUAUGAUAACAUCUAUUGUACCAAAAGUGAUGUCUGGUCAUUUGGAGUUCUUAUGUGGGAAAUUGUUACUCUAGGCUCUACACCUUACCCUGGAUUGGCAGCAGCUGAAGUCAUGCGCACUGUAAAACAUGGACAUCGUCUAGAAAAACCAGAACAUUGCAAACGUGAAAUGUAUAAUGUUAUGUAUUAUUGCUGGGACAUUAAUCCUAAACAUAGGCCUUCUUUCAGUGAACUUGUUACUUUGUUAGAUAGACUGUUGGUCAGUGAUAAAGAGUACAUUGAAUUAAAUAGGUUUCCAGAUCACUCAUAUUACAACCUCACAGAUUUAUCUGGUGAAAUAUUGUGAUAUGUAGUAUGAUAAAUUAUAAAGUGCAAAGAAGCUCAAAAUAAUUCAUAUGACUAAUUCAAUAUCUGUGAUCUAUUAAAUAAAAUACAUUCCAUUUACAAAAUGAAUUUGAAACAAUUAAAAUUCCAGUUUUUAAAUGUCAUGUUAUUAUAUUGUGCAUUCCCUUUUCUGGAGAGUUUAUACAUUUAUGUAGAAAGAUUGUCUUCAAUCAUUUAAUCCAAAGCAUUGUUAUUUCAGUUUCUCAGGGUGAUUAUAAAAAUAGUGUCAGAAGAUAUUAUUCUGAAUCUUGAAAAAUAAACGAAUAUCCUCAAAAUCUCCAAAAAAACUUAAAAACUUUUAAUGAAAUUUUGUUUAAAAUUUUUAAAUAUGAUUUUUCUGAGAUAUAUAUUCUAGAUUAUGAGAUUUAUUUUAUUAGUAAAUGCUGCGAAAACUUGAUUAGACAUUUUGAUAAAGGCUCAUAUGUUACCUGAUAUAAAUAAUAUAUUUUUCUAUAAAUAGUUGUUUAAUAACAUUGCAUCAUGUGCAGAUUUAUAGCUUUCAAUAGUUAUGGAACUAUCUAUUUUCUUAUUUUUGUUGAAAAACGUACAGAUAAAAGUAAUUAACAGAUAUAUACUGUAAUUAUUAUCAAAUUGCACAUGCAAUGCAGCAAAAACAACACAACAGUCACAUUGAAUUCAAAUAAUACAGAUAAAUUUAUUGUUAUUACCUUUGUUAUUUUUUUUUUAGUUUUUUAUAUUUUAAAGUACCAUAAUUAUUUGUAAUUUUUCUUCAUGAGUAACAAUUACAUCUGGUUUAAAUAUAAAAUUAUUAUUUCAUGUUCAAUGUGUAAAUGGCUCAUAGCUAUUUAUAUAUAAAUAUAUAUCCUAAAAAUUAGCUUUAAUGUAACAUUUCAUUAGAGUCUUGCAGAAAUUGUAUUUAAAUUCAAUUUGUAUUCUAAAAUAUUAUUAAAUAUUUAAAUUAUGUUAUUUCUAAUUGCUGUAGAUUUCUUUCUUUUUAGUAUAAAACUUGAUAAAUCAAUAUUUGUUAAAUAUUUGUAAUAUGUGUAUGUGAUAAAAAUCACUUUGUAUGAAUAAGAAUGUAUUUUACAUGACAUUAAAUCUAGUAGGAAAAUGUUAAAAAUGCAAUCAAUAACAUAUGCUAUUAUUGUACUGUUAUAUUGUAUAUAAAUUUUAUAUUUUUACACUGUAAAAAAGCAUUUUUUUCCUUUGAUAUGUCAUUCAAGUGUAAUUAUACAAAAAUAGUGUGUGUAUAUUAUAGUGUGACAUUUGAAGAAGGUAAAUUGUCUCAAAAUGUGUAUAUUUUUGAUUUUGUAUAGUUUCAAUGUUACAUUGUGCAAUGUCA